AGAUGCUCAAGAGCUCCGACUCGUGGUUCCUCUACGUGACGGUGCACACGCCCGACAUUGGCAAGCACGACGCCAAGUGCCUCGAGACGGCGCGCAAGGAGCGCGAGGAAGACAUGGUGCAGGGCGGCAAGCUCCUCAACGAAGACGAGUCGGACGUCAACUCGGUCACGUCCGAGCUCGAAAAGUCCAAGGCGUGUGCGGACGAGAAGGCCGUCAAGCGCGACGUGUGGGCGUAUGUCGAAGACGUGUACAACGUCGAGAAGCCGCAGGAGAAGGACGAAGACAUGAUGAUGACGUCGCAGAUCCGCGGCCUUGUCGCGCAGCUCGGCGAAACCUUUGAGAUGCUCACCAACCGCCUCGCGGAAGAGGACGAGUCGAGACCGCCACCAAGAUGCAACCUCCUUCGGUUCAACCGGCUCGUGGGGUCGGUCUGGGUCGGUCGCCAGCUCAUGUUGAUCCGCGGAAUGAGCGCAAUUCUGCUUUUGAGCGCGCCGCAACUUCAACUAACUUCGUCAUGUGGCUACACGCGCAUGGUGGCACGUCCUCGGUCGUAUGUGGAAGCCGCCGUGAUUGCGGGCGAAGCUACGUGGUUCACCUACAGUCUCCACGACCUUUUGGUGCUCGUCUUCGCCGAUAUGACGCGCAUCUACGCGCCGCUCAGCGCCGCGUUCAUAUGGAUAUCGCAUCUCGCGCUCGACGUGGCAGCGCCCGUUGGCAUCUCUAUCGAGAUCGAUCGGCGCUGCGUCGGACAGGACAUGGACUCUGGCCUUCUCUGCACCGCGGGACGCAUCGUCAUCGGCAGCAGCGACCGCGUGCUGCUCCUUCUGUGGCUGCAAAUCGCCUCGCUCGUUGUCGCUUUAGUCAUUGCGUCUGCGUGGCGAGUCGGUAGAGGCUACCACGCGUGCAAAGCCAAUGACGGAUGUGUACUGCUUCUGGGCACGGCGCAAGCCUUCAUUGUCCCGUACCAUGCGGCGCCGCUUGAGCCCCCGCAAUACGACGCAGCGUCGUGUGUCCUCUGUGGUUUGUUGGCGAUACCGCGCACGCGCUAUGCGUUCAACAUAGUGCUCUGGAGCACGACGGCAAUUGAGCUGCCAGCUGCCUACACGACCACCGCGGUCAUUCCAGACAGUCGUGCGCGAGAGACGGUCGACCAUUUUUUUGAAAAACUAGAGAGCAUUGCCGUCGAGACAGGAACGCGGAAGCGACGGCUUUUGCGCGCACUCGGUCUUCUCUACAUGAUCAUCUCCAUUCUGGGCAGUGUCUCGUACUUUGAGAUUUCCAAAGUCAACUUGGCCAACGAUCUCUACUGGCCCAACUUUAACGUCACGGGCCACCACGCGUUUUUUGCCAACUGGCUCAACGAACAGCUCGUGCUGGGUUUAAACAACCACAAUAUUGCGCUCGAUGAUCCAAGCAUCAACCUCCUCGGCUCCUAUGCAGCGCCGACAGCGUUCGUCUCGACCGUCAACAACUAUGGUGCCUGGCUCCAGCACAACGAACUCAGUGCGAUCGAAGCCUCGAUUGCGGGUCUUCGCGUCUCGGAUGCAUGCAACGCGCCCUGGAUCUUUACGCCGUACUGCUACCUCGACUGGAAGAAGCGAUGGCAAAUGGCCUACUCCAACCAGCGCCAACUGCGGUGUCAGAAGAUGGAGAAAAACGCUGCCGUGUACCUCGAGUCGGUGCUGCGCAACAUUGACUAUGCAACCUUUGCGUAUUGUUGGGGCAGUGCGUUUGAGACGGCGUUUGGUGCCGACCUGCGACAGUCGUCCGACGGUCAAGACUGGCUACAUUCAAUGGCGACAGAGCGACUGCCGCUGCAAGAUGAAACCGCGCUGUGGCGCCAGCACAAUCUAUCAAUAUUUCAAGUGCAGUGGCAAAACUACAAGCGCAUCGGCGCCAUCAACAGCUACACCAUAACCAACGCCUACGGUAUCGCCUACCCAAUGACACUCAUGGCCCUCAACGGCAGCUACCGCUGGAGCAGUCAAACAACGUACAAGAUGUACUGGUCACUCGCCAACGAUCUCUCUGCGAUUGCAUCCAACACCAGUGGUAUCAGCGGUCUCAGUCUCUUGCGAACGAGUCCUCGGUUCGCCUUUGCCAACACGUCGCUGCAAGCCGUCCUCACAACAAACUUGACGUUGAUGUCGCCACUGGCCAAAGGACUCGCCCUUGUCGCAGCGACGAUCGGCCCAUUUGGCGUCACAGACAUGGUGUAUGUACGCGUUCCAGCAGCCGUUAGCAGCGUCUUUCGCGACAUAAUUCAAAUGACACGCCUCGCUAUGGCCCCGUCAGUCCACGCUCAAGCCGCCUACAACCAAAUCACACCACUCGGCACGUCGUACCCGAUUCCGAAAAAGUGGCUCACACCCAACUACGGCUCGCUUGGCGGCUCGCCGCUCUGCCAAGAGCUCAUUGCUAGCAAGGUGGUCUCCGGCGGACUCACUUGCAUGCCGUCUUAUGACCUACCGUGUCUGCCAACGUCGCCCGUGCAGAGCAAGUGA